UACCCAUAAUCAUUUUAUGGACUACAGUCUCGUGUUAAAUAUCUAACCCGAGUUGGCAAAUUCAACAACCAGAUUAUAACAUACGAAUGUCAAGCAUCAUGACCUUUGUAAUGCUUAUGCUGAACGUAUGUUGGUGUUUGAGUCUGAUAGAAGCUAAUCAAUUCCCUUUUGAAGUUUUACUGAAAGAAAACACACAGGAUUUAAAAUGGGAUGAAAACUACGCCAACGAGAAAAACGAGAAAUUCCAAAACCUUGCUAAUAAGGUUCGUUCAAAGUUGGGAAUACUGUUCCGUAACGCUACAGACAUCACAGAAAUUCAAGUAAAGAAGUUCAGAGAGGGAAGCGUGUAUGCAGAGUUUACAGUCUCUCUCACAAACAAUACCAACAUAACACAAAGCUAUUUCACUACCGCCCUGAACAAUACCAACAGCUCCCUGGAUAUCUACAGCUCCCAGCCCCCGAGGACUAUCGCAGCAGACAUAGAACUUACAAGUUUUGUCUGGAAAGAAAACUAUGCUAUUUCAAGCAGUUGCGACUUCUCGACAGUUACCAAAGAAAUUAAGGAAAGUUUGUUUAAUAUCUACAAGUCGGUCCCAGGACUCAUCGACCUGGAGAUGUUGGAUUUGAAGAAGGCUGGUGAUGAGAAGGGCAAUGUCGAAUUCAAGAUGCUAUUAGACUCUGCUUCAGACGUUAAAGUUGAAGAUUUGGAGCAAAUGGUUAAGAGUAACAAAGCAGGAAAAUCCUUAACUGGAAAUAUGCAGUUUGGCGAAGUAUCUAUGAAAGAAGUAACGAUCGCUUCAGAUACAGAUGAUGGAAGAAAACCGUCCUGGGUACUAAUACUGGUCGCGUUUUCAUGUCUUGCAAUCUUUGCUCUCAUCGUCUAUUUUGUAUACCGGGUGAUUGCUCAAAGUUUUGCUCAGCCAAAGUUUAAGUUGGCUAACAAUGACUGAUCCAAACUGCAUCCAAACUGCACAUGGAUGUAAUACAGGAAAGUGUUGAUAAUGGAACAUGUUUACCCAAGUGUUUGAAACUCGCAAAAUAUGCACGCAGCAUGCAAUAGGGGUUUUGCACCACCAUGUGACGGCAGCCAUGUUAGAUGGCAGGAACAAUACAAUCGUUUUACAUAAGAAAGAAUUCAA